AUGUUAUUUCAGGUAACUGCCGCUCUACGUGUUACUGAUGGUGCGCUGGUGGUUGUUGACUGUGUUUCGGGCGUGUGCGUGCAGACGGAGACUGUGUUGCGUCAGGCAAUUGCGGAGCGCAUCAAGCCAGUGCUAUUCAUGAACAAGAUGGAUCGCGCUUUGCUCGAACUGCAGCUCGGAGCGGAGGAGCUCUUCCAGACCUUCCAGCGCAUUGUGGAGAACAUUAACGUGAUCAUAGCCACCUACGGUGACGAUGAUGGCCCGAUGGGGCCGAUUAUGGUCGAUCCAGCGAUUGGCAAUGUUGGCUUUGGCUCGGGCUUGCACGGUUGGGCUUUCACACUGAAACAGUUCGCCGAGAUAUACGCCGAGAAAUUCGGAGUUCAGGUCGACAAACUUAUGCGUAAUUUGUGGGGUGAUCGUUUCUUCAACCUUAAAACGAAGAAGUGGUCUUCAUCACAGGACGCGGACAGCAAGCGCGGAUUUGUCCAGUUUGUGCUGGACCCCAUCUUCAAGGUCUUCGAUGCCGUCAUGAACGUGAAAAAAGAUGAGACGGCGAAGCUGCUUGAAAAGCUCAACAUCAAACUUGCGCAUGAUGAAAAAGAUUUGGAGGGAAAACCACUCAUGAAGGUGAUGAUGCGUAAAUGGUUGCCAGCGGGUGAUACGAUGCUUCAAAUGAUCUGCAUCCACCUGCCGUCUCCCGUAACUGCUCAAAAGUAUAGGAUGGAAAUGUUGUAUGAAGGUCCACACGAUGACGAGGCCGCUGUAGCAAUAAAGAAUUGUGAUCCGCGUGGCCCGCUGAUGAUGUACGUGUCAAAAAUGGUGCCCACGUCGGACAAGGGACGAUUCUAUGCCUUCGGACGUGUUUUCUCGGGAAAAGUGGCGACUGGUAUGAAAGCCAGGAUCCAAGGACCAAAUUAUGUGCCAGGAAAGAAGGAGGAUUUGUACGAGAAAACCAUACAGCGUACCAUUUUGAUGAUGGGCCGGUAUGUGGAGCCAAUUGAGGACAUCCCGUCGGGCAAUAUUGCCGGUCUUGUUGGCGUUGAUCAAUAUUUGGUGAAAGGUGGCACUAUCACAACGUUUAAAGAUGCUCAUAAUCUUCGCGUUAUGAAAUUCUCAGUGUCACCGGUCGUACGUGUUGCCGUGGAGCCGAAGAAUGCAGGCGACCUUCCAAAGCUUGUGAGUUUUUUUUUUGCAAAUUUUAAACUGCUCCCUCACCUACUCACAGCUUUUGACUGCAAAAAUUAUGCUGUUUCUUGUUGCAGGUGGAAGGACUGA